GAGGGUGGGGGACUAAGGAAAGAGACAAGAAAGGUAGAAGCGCUCGAAAUAGGGCAUGGCGUAUUUAAUUGCCAUCUCCGUCCUCGAAAAUCACUCGCUCCAGUUUCCUAUUACGCUCUUCGGCGCUCCGUUGCUCCGCGCUGCUUCUCGCUGUUUUCGAUUCUCUUCUAUAACAUACUCAUACUUCUUCCCUCUCUCUCUCGCUCUCUCUCUCUAGUCGACUCCAUUUGUGGCCCGCUUGCCUUGAUUUGGGCUAAAGGAGGGGUUUUGAGUGGAACGCAGUGGGAGGGGGAGCAGAGAGGAGGGUGUGAGAGAUGAAGUACGUGUUGGUGACAGGGGGAGUGGUGAGCGGGUUGGGGAAGGGGGUGACAGCGAGCAGCAUUGGGGUGGUGCUCAAGGCCUGCGGUCUCCGUGUUACCUCUAUCAAGAUUGAUCCUUACCUCAAUACUGAUGCCGGAACGAUGUCCCCGUUUGAGCAUGGAGAAGUUUUUGUUUUAGAUGAUGGUGGGGAGGUGGAUUUGGAUCUCGGUAACUAUGAAAGAUUCCUUGACAUCAAACUAACCCGUGACAAUAACAUUACCACAGGAAAGAUUUACCAGUAUGUCAUUGAUAAAGAGAGAAGGGGCGAUUAUUUGGGGAAAACUGUUCAGGUUGUUCCACACAUUACGGACGCCAUACAAGAGUGGAUUGAACGGGUAGCCAUUGUUCCUGUUGAUGGAAAAGAAGGGCCUGCUGAUGUCUGUGUUAUAGAACUUGGUGGAACCAUAGGAGAUAUUGAAUCCAUGCCAUUUAUUGAAGCUCUUGGCCAGUUUUCUUAUCGCGUAGGUCCCGGUAACUUCUGCCUUAUACAUGUUAGUCUUGUGCCAGUUCUAAAUGUAGUUGGUGAGCAGAAAACUAAACCAACACAACAUAGCGUUCGGGGACUAAGAGGACUUGGAUUGACUCCAAAUAUUCUUGCUUGCCGGAGUGCAUCGCCUUUGGAUGAAAAUGUGAAAGAAAAGCUUUCACAAUUUUGUCAUGUUCCGAUUGCGAAUAUUGUGACUCUUUAUGAUGUUCCAAACAUUUGGCAUAUACCCUUACUUCUAAGGGAUCAGAAGGCCCAUAAUGCUAUCUUGAGAGCUCUGAACCUCCAAAGCAAUAUGAGGGAGCCCAUGCUGAAGGAAUGGACUUCCAUGGUUAAAGUCAGCGACAGUUUACGUGAUCCUGUUAGGAUUGCCAUGGUUGGAAAAUAUACUGGUCUUUCUGACUCGUACCUCUCUGUAUUAAAGGCCCUCCUUCAUGCUGCUGUUUACUGUGGAAAGAAACUCAUUGUUGACUGGGUUACUUCCACAGACCUUGAAGAUAACACUGCCCAAGAGGAACCUCUUGUUCAUGAUGCAGCAUGGAAUUUACUGAAGGGUGCAGAUGGUAUACUAGUUCCUGGAGGUUUUGGUGAUAGAGGCGUCCAAGGGAAAAUUCUUGCAGCAAAAUAUGCUCGAGAGAAGAAUAAACCCUAUCUUGGCAUUUGUCUUGGCAUGCAAAUUGCAGUGAUUGAAUUUGCUCGGAAUGUCUUAAAUUUACAAGAUGCUAAUAGCACGGAAUUUGAUCCUAACACUAAGAACCCUUGUGUGAUAUUUAUGCCAGAGGGUUCCAAAACACAUAUGGGAGGAACAAUGAGACUUGGAUCUAGGAGAACUUACUUCCAGGUUAAAGAUUGCAAAUCUGCUAAGCUGUAUAGAAAUGUGGCAUAUGUGGAUGAAAGGCACAGGCAUAGAUAUGAGGUAAAUCCUGAUUUGGUUAUGAAACUUGAAAGGUCUGGACUUGCUUUUGUUGGGAAGGAUGAAAGUGGUAAACGUAUGGAGAUUGUUGAGCUGCCUACACAUCCUUAUUAUGUUGGUGUCCAGUUCCAUCCAGAGUUCAAGUCUAGACCUGGAAAACCCUCUGCUGUUUUCGUAGGUUUAAUAGCUGCUUCUUGCGGGCAACUGGAUGCGAUCCUGAAAUCUCAUGGCGGCGACAAUUUGCAGCCAACAAAGCAGGUUACAAGACCAAUUUUUCCUGCACAAAUGAUCUAUGUGAAUGGACAUGUACCGAAGCGCCUGCCAAAUGAGAAUGGACAUGUACCGAAGCGCCUGCCAAAUGGAACAUAUUAUGCGAAUGGCAACGGCGUUCACGCGUAACUUGAUUCAGCUGACCUCAGUUGUUUGGUUUUGGAUUCAUUAUGUUCGUAUAUACACAAUUUGAUUGGUUAAAAGCUUCAGUUGCAGGUGAUAGCAGCAACUAAUAGCCAUAGCUGGCAAUGGAGCUUGUUCCAGGUUUUUUUUUAACAAGGAACAGCCUAUUUAUUUUUGGCGCAAACAGACAUUGAUGUUGUGAUACUUUUUUUUUUCUUUCUUUCUUUUGUAAUGGUAGCUUUUUCCAAUCUUUUAUUUUUAUUUGAGUAGCAAUUGAAGCCUUAUCUGUAAAUUAAUUCUGGCAGCUGAGUUACAUGUAACGCUUGUUAGUUUCAAUCCAUGUUUUGCUUGUAAGUGUGACCAAUCACUGGUGUAUAAUGCUUCCAAAUUGCCCUCAAAGCACCUUAGCUAUGUCCUAGCUACUGAUAAUACUUGAUUUUAUCAGACUUUUGUCAAAUGUUUGCAGCAGAUUUCAUUCCAAAAUUCCAGGAAAUUUUUGUGCCUCUGGAAGUUUCUAUGGUUGACAUUGUAAAUAAAUACAUUUUAAUAUCAACUGUUAUUGGUGUAUUGGUAUUCUA